ACCUACAGGUUAACGCUUUCCGCGGUACAUUCUGCAGGAUGUUUCAACUACUUCAUUGCCGAUCGAUAUCCUGAUGCGAGACCAACAUGGAUCGGUGCAGUAAUGCCGAACUUUGGAGCAGGAAGUCUGUGGAUUAGAUACGUGGCGGCAAUGUAUUGGACGAUAACGACUAUGACAACGAAUGGAUAUGGUGAUUUGCAUGCUGAGAAUCCAAGAGAAAUGCUGUUUGAUAUUUUCUACAUGUUGUUUAAUUUGGGAAUGAAAGCAUACCUCAUUGGAAACAUGAUGAAUCUCGUCGUUCAUUGGAUGAGCCGCACGAGAAACUUUGUAUGUUCCCUUCUGCUUCUUACUCGGUUCGCCUUUUUGAUCAUUGUGGGGAGAUUUGAUCUUAUGAUUGUAGAACUAGAAACAAAUAACAACGGUUUUUGCAAUAUUAAGGAAUAAGGAAGAAGACAAGUAUUUGAGGAAAAACUCG